AUGUUGACGAGAGAAUUUAUCGAUGGUGAGCCUUCGGAUCCGUUGCGCAACAUGUGCAUGUUUGCUGACAGUAUUGUUUUCUCAUUAUCAGAUAGUUUGUAUAACCCGCAUUACGGCUAUUUCUCCAAGCACGCGACCAUCUUUAGCCCUGGGGAGCCAUUUAAUUUUAAUGAUAUCGAGGACGGGCCAGCUUUCCACCGGAUGCUAGGGGAGCGCUACACAGAAUUCGAGGAUAUACUGGAUGAGAAAAGUCCGGACGAGGCCCGUCAGUUGUGGCAUACACCGACCGAGCUGUUUCGGCCUUACUAUGGGGAGACCAUUGCCCGCUAUCUAGUGUCGAAUUACAAACUGACGCUGUACCCCUACCACGAUCUUAUCAUAUACGAAAUGGGUGCAGGAAAUGGAACCCUCAUGAUCAAUAUCCUCGAUUUCAUACGCGACACAGACUACGAGGUCUACCAACGAACCAAGUUCCGCAUUAUUGAAAUCUCCCCGGCGCUGGCUGGGCUUCAGAUGAAGAACUUGACCGACUCGCUCUAUGCUGCCGGCCAUCUGGACCAUGUGGAGAUUAUCAACAAAUCCAUCUUCGAGUGGGACACCUAUGUGCACUCGCCCUGCUUUUUUCUUGCGCUCGAGGUGUUUGACAACUUCGCUCAUGAUGCCAUUCGCUACGACACUAAGACAGAGAUGCCGCAACAGGGCGGGGUGUUGAUCGAUGGAGAUGGCGAAUUUCACGAGUUUUGGACUCCCAAGCUGGACCCUGUGGCUUCCCGAUUCCUGCGUGUUCGUCAAGCCGCAGCUCGGCGCGAAUUCCCUAGUCCGUUGGGACCGCGGCUUACACGGCAAGUCCGUGGAGCUCUACCCUUCCAGAAGCCUUACACAAUUCCUGAGUACAUUCCUACUCGACUGAUGCAAUUCUUCGACAUACUCGACAAUUACUUCCCUGGCCACCGACUCUUGGCCAGUGACUUCAGCAGCCUUCCGGACGCGGUUCUGGGGAUCAAUGCGCCGGUGGUACAAACACGGUACAAGAGGAGGACAGUACCAGUCACCACUCCUUUUGUCCACCAAGGUUAUUUCGAUAUCUUUUUUCCCACAGACUUCAAUGUCAUCGAGGACAUCUACCGAGCUGUCACCGGGAAGCUCACACAAGUAGCGAGCCACGAAGAUUUCAUCCGACGCUGGGCGUACGUUGAAGACACAGAGACCAGGAGCGGCGAGAAUCCGCUUUUGACGUGGUAUAAGAACGCCAGCAUGUUGAUAACUGUCUAA